AUGACGACGAACGAACUGGCGGCGGUACUCGCGCGACGCCGCGCAAAGGCCGGCGGUGAGAGCGAAUCGGCGGCGUCUACUGCUGCAGUCGAACCGAGCGCUCCUCCAGCUGCUAAGACGGUGUCGUCGUCCGCGAAGAGCUCUAUCGCCGAACGAAUUGCGCGUCUGAAACAGCAGAGCGCCGCCGCGAGCGCUGCAGAAGAAGCGGCUCGUGGGCCACAGUUGAGCCAAUCAGCGCCACCGAUGGCAUCGUCCGGGCGGACGGGGCAAGAUGAAAGUAUGGGCGCUGCUGCUGCUGCAGAGACCUCCUCGGAGGUCGGGGGGACGUCGGCUGUAGCUGCUGCUCAAGAGGCAGCUGGACUGCGUCGAGCGUCGAGCAAGAUCCAGCAGCUCCAGGGCAGUCUGGGGAUCAAUGUCAAUCCGUUCGGGCGUCGAGCGGGACCGGUGAAAAGCGGGGGCACUGCUCAGUCGGUCAGUUAUCAACGAGAGUCGAUCAUGAGCACUGGCGAGGAGCAAUAUGGACACACGAAACAUGCUAUGGGCGUUGCGAUGCCGGGCAUGAUGGGGUCGGCGAUCCCGAUGCCUGGGCUGGCAAAGCGGGAGUUCCGUCUCCCUGGAAUGGGUCCAGAAGGCGAACACAGCGCUGAGGCUGCGAGUGCAGCGCUGGACAAUUCACAUACGACAAUGAACCGUGUGGCAGGACCGAAGCGUCGUGGUCCGAUGCGACCACCACCUGGGGCUUUCCGGAUUCCGGCGAUCGCAGCGCCUAGAGCGAACGAUGUCGAGCCUAGUGAAGUGCUUGCAGCUGAGCCUGCUGUCGUUGCGCCAUCGACUCAGGUUGCAAAGCCGGAGGCUCGUGAAGACGUAGCGAUGCGAUCACUGCCAGCGCCUCUAUCUCCGGAACGUGCUCGUAGUCCAGCGACAGUGUACGCACCCGUGUCAACGCCCACUCCCGUUCGUGCGCCAGCUCCUGCGGCCGCAGCGACGUUGCAGAAGCUACCGGAGCCCGAGCCAUUGCCACCGAUGAAACCCUACGAGAUCCAAGACGAUCCGUUUGCGCCAAUAUACGAGGCCCCCGCUGAGGUACCCGAUGCACCUGCUGGAUUCCCCAGUGCGUUGAUGGCGAAUUUCUCCAUGGACGAGCUUGUAGUCACGGACGAGCCAAAGCCGAAACCAGCAACACUGUCGAGCUCGCAUGUGACCCCUCCUUCGUCGUUGUUUGGAGCGACCAGUGGACCCGUACCGGUGUCAGAGGCUGAGCCGAUGCUGUUCGCACCAGCGCCCGCCGAACCGGUCAAGUCUCCCCUACCAGCACCUGCAGUUGCAACGCCUGCUCCGAUCCUCGACCAGCCCGCUUCUCCGACAGUUGCUACGCCUGCUCCGGUUCUCGAGCGACCUGUUUCUCCGAUCCCGGUACCUGUGCCAUCUCCAGCGGUGUCUUUGCCGGCACCGACGCCCGCGCCGUCUCCUGCACCCGUGUUUGUACCGACCGCAACUCCAUUGGCAGCAACACCUGUCUACACACCAGAGCCCGCACCUGUAUUGACCCCUACGCCAGCCGUAGCCUCAGCACCAGCAACGAGUUCGUUACUGUUCGGCACUGCUACUUCGGCAGCCUCGGCGGAUGACGACUCGAGCGAGAGCGACUGGAGCGAUGACGAUGACAAUGAUGACGACAACGCUGGCCAGUCGUUGUUUGGGCGGCAAACUACAGCCGCGAAACCGGAGGUGCUGAGCCCAGCCCCGACUUUUGUGACGCCGACACAGUCUACUCCGGAGCUCCAUCAGGCCCCGGCGCUGAGCAGCACCAACCUCUUUGGAGAUCCAUCCAGCACGCCAGUGUCUGUGCCUGCUACUGCUGCCGCAACGGGAUCGGCGCAGACUACACGUCCGACUGCCAUUCCUCCAGCACCCUAUAGCUCGCUCUUCGGUGGGGCUGCUAGCAGCAGUGAAAGCGACAGCGACAGCGACGAUGAAGGUGGCCUCUUUGGCACAUGA